UGACUCUCCCAUGCCUGUGACCUCACGUGUCUGUUUUGUAAAGUUCCAAGAGCCGGAGUCGGUGGGAGUGUCCCAGCACCUGACCAACACAGUCUUUGUGGACAGAGCCCUCAUCGUGGUCCCCUUUGCAGAAGCGAAGCAGCCGGCGUGAGUCGAUUGUUCAUAAAACAUCUAAUGAAAGUUGAGAGCACAUCCCGCGGGACAACUGGCUGUGCUUGCAUACGUUUGGUUCAUGACUUAAAAUACAAGUACAGGUGAUAAAAUCUUGGCAGUGUUGACCACAAUGUGUAUUGUGAUUUAAAACAUAACUGCUAAUCCUACAAUGAUGCUUCACACAAAAAUCAGGGAGCAGGAUUUACAGACAAGACUCAGUGGAUGUCCUUAAUGUUUUACAAUAGAGUAGUUAGACGGGGUUGCUUGUCUGCAAGAAAGUUGUCUAUGUUGUCUUGAGGCCAUUUUGAAAUUUUCUUGUGUUCUCCAGGAGUGAUUCCUGAUGAAUCUAAAGCUAUGUCCCUGCUCGCUCCAGCCAAUGCUGUGGCCGGGAUGAUGCCCGGAGGAGGACUUCUCCCAACGCCUAAUCCUUUAGCAACAAUGGGGGCUUCAGCAUUUGGUCUACCAACCAUUGAACAAAUGGCUGCCAUGGGAUUGCAUGGUCCUAAUAUGAACCCACAGGCUCUGUCUGCAGAUUUCCUCAAGCUUAUGCAGUCAAUUGACCCAAAAUUGAAUCCCUUAGCUGCAGGGCUUGGUUUAGCUCCAGGCUUAAAGACAGAUGCCUCCAGCAAAGAGAUUGAAGAAGCAAUGAAGAGAGUGCGAGAGGCUCAGUCUUUGAUAUCUGCUGCCAUUGAACCUGGAAGCAAGAAAGAUGACAAGCGUAAGCAUUCCCGCUCCAGUUCACGGUCACGCCGCAGGAGGUCCAGAUCUCGCUCCAGGCACAGACUAUCAAAGAGUCGGUCACGACGCAGGUCUCAUUCAAGGAGCAGAAGGAGGUCCAAGAGUCCACGGCGGAGAAGGUCACAUUCACGAGACAGAGGCCGUCGCAGUCGUUCCAGGGACAGAAGGAAAGAGGAGAAGUCAAAAAAGCGAUCAAAGACACCUCCUAAAAGCUACAGCAGUGCUAGAAGAUCCCGAAGCAUUAGUCGGAAGCACAGACGAAGCCGUAGUGCAUCUCGCUCUCCUCGGAAAAAGCCUUCCAGGUCGCCAUCCCCCAGACGCCAUAAAAAAGAAAAGAAGAAAGACAAGGGGCGUGAAAAAGAGCGAGACAGGAGGGAGGACAGAGACCGGAGCCGAGACGAGAGAGAGCGCUCAAACAGCAAGAAGAAAAGAAGUAAAGACAAGGAGAGAGAUCGAGAACACAAGUCCGACAGUGAGAAGGGAGAUGUAAAGGUGACCCGUGACUAUGAUGAAGAAGAACAAGGUUACGACAGUGAAAAAGAAGUAGAGGAGGAUGACGAGGAAAGAAAAAGUGAUUCAGACUCAAACUCCUCCCCCAAAGGCUCCAGCGAUGCCCACAAAGCUGAGGCCUCUAAAAAGUCCAAGUUAAAUGGAGACGAUCACCAGCAAGAGGACAUGGACAUGAGUGACUGACUUACCACUAUCCAUCUACUGCUCUUUGAUAUUUUUUAUGGAUUACUUUUGUGAGGUUAUGAUUUAAAUUGUAAAACUGUCUUGGAGAAUGGGGAGGAAAAAUAAAAAUGGGUUUUAAAUAGUUAUUGUAUUUUUUUAUAAAGCAAUUGGUAUUUGUUGCUUUUUGUCCACCAGCCAGAACACACAUAAUGGUGUCAGGAUAAUAUGUUGUCAUGUUGGGGCACUGUACGUGCUCACCGUUUACUCAAAUUGAACAGUUUGCUUUACUGUAAUGCA